AUGGAAUUCACAGAAGUCUUCUAUUCCAAAGAACCCGAAAUCCCCGAACUCAACUUACCCACCCGCCUCAGUCUGCAGCAGGGCCCCCAAGGGGGCCCCCAUGGGGGCCCCCAGGGGGGCCCCCCUGGGGCCCCCCCUGCGGUACCCCCUGGGGGCCUCCCUGGAGGGCCCCCCGGAGGGGCCCCUGGGGGGGCCCCUGGGGGGGCCCCUGGGGGGGCCCCUGGGGGAGCCCCUGGGGGGGCCCCCCCACCGGUGGCGCCAGGGGCCCCCGGGCUCAUCUUUCCGACUCCGCCAGUUAACACUGUUUACCCGUUGACUCGGCUUCCCACAGAAGAGGAGCUGGCAGCAGCAGCAGCAGCAGCGCAGCUCGGAGCAGCAGCAAAAACCAGCAGCUAUUGA